UAUUAGUGUUGUGAAUCAUUUUUAGCUUGUUUGUGAUUCUGUCAUUUUAACUUUAAACAACUACAGUGUAUUAUAUAUGAUGUUCAUUUCUGAAAGCCAGUAAUUUGUGGAAAGUUUAAACUCCAUAUAAGAUUACAACAAUUUCUGAAGAGUUCAUAAAUUGUUUAUGUACUUCUGACUAAAUAUAGAAACUGAUUAAUAAUUUAGAUUGAUAAUGGUAAUAAAAUAUUGGACAUGGUAUGGAUUACAGACCAGACAAGGUUAUGAAUGACUUGUCCAAAACGAAUUUCUUGUAUCUACACUACACAUUUAAAAGACAGCACAGCAAAGAGGCUAUGUUACAAAAGAACAAGACGGCAGCAACACACAUACGUAGACCAAUAUCAGGGACGAGUUCGAGACCUCGACGAUGUAUGUCCGAAGGAGAGAGGAUGUGCGAGGACGGUUCCUGUAUAGCAAGAGUCGAACUAUGUCCGGAAGAGCAGCUGAUGAACCAGAAUACAAUACUGAUCAUGAUCAUUGUGGGGCUUGCAGUGGUUGUGUUCCUUGCUAUACUCUACUGUUUCCAGAAACGACAACAACAAGCCAACAGACAAUUAGGUGGAGACUCGGGAAUGUCUGAUGACUGUGAUAAUGAAUCUCUUUAUGCUCCACCACCUGCAUAUGAGGAAGUUGUCAAUAGUAACAUGUAUCCUGCCAC